AUGUGUCGCGGAAACCUUCAGUAUUUUGGAGACUGUGGCCACGAGAAGAAGUUUCACCCUACCAAACUCUGCCCUUACUACUCUCCAAAUCAAGACAAAUGUCUCGGCACUCUCACAAUCUGCCAUCAAACAGUCAUACAUUCACCGGCCAUUUGUGUAUCGUGUGCCGUCCGCAUCGAAACAGGCAUGAUCCUGGAGUGCGAUCGUGCCAUUCGAAAAUUCGAAAAGAAAAUCGAGACACUGAAUCAUGCCUUGAGCAAAGACAAAGAUACGUUGGUCCAUCGUGCGAUGAUAUCUGAGCGUGCAAAAUUGAUGAAGGCUCUGACUGAAUUUACAGAGAGAAAGAACGAGGAGCUGGCGGUUUUCCAGAAGGAGCAGGGAAGAAAUGCUCCCGGCCGGGCCGAAGAUCUUCCUCAUGAUUGGUGGAACGACGAGGAGGAGGAUUCAGUUCAGCCAUCGAGAUCCCGUCAUGGUUGGUGCGAUGAUGACGAUGAGGACAGAUCUCGGUUGGUGGCACCUUUCGAUGAUCGAUGGAACGAUGACCUUCUCCAGGCCAGGAAAAUCCCUUGUGAAUAA